AUGCAGAUUCUGCUGCUGGCCUUCCCGCUGGUCCAAGCCCACAAUAUUCUGGAAUUCAGCAGGCUGUUGUCGACCCAGUCAAUCCUGCUAGCCAAAGGUGCUGGUCUUGCUGAUCAAUGUUUGAUUCCCUGCUUUCCAGUCUCAAUACCACAAGAUUCCGAAAACCAGCAAGCUGUUGCUAACCCAUUCACAGCUGCUAGUCAACGCUGCUGGUGUUCCUGCUGCUGGUAUUGCUGAACAACUUCCCGGGACUGUUGAUUCACUGCUUUCCGAUCUCGAUACCACAAGACUGUGGAAGCCAGCAGGCUGUUGUUGA